AUGGAUACGACCAUCUUCCUAGUGGGCUACAUGACCCAACUCGUGGGGUCGGUGGUUCUGCUCCGUGAGAUCUGGCACAAGAGGUCCAUUUACGGGCUGAGCAUUGAUUCCCUCGCCGCGCAAUUCGUAGCCACUGCCGCGAGACUUGUGUGGUCUUUCGACACACGGAUGAAAGAAAUUUUGUUGGCGCACGUGGAGGUGUUGAGCUCAGCGGCGGUGGGAUUGGCUUUGCUGUGGUCGUGUCGGCAGUUCCGACACACGGCUUCCUUCCAGGGCGUGAGGGUCCGCUGGUGGCUGUUGGUCGCAGUGUGUGCAGGGGCGGCGGUUCGGUUCCACCCCGGCCCAGUUGACGAGUGGUCGCUGCAGAUGUUGAUUGCCUUCACAUUUUAUCUUGAGGGCGUGGCACUCGUCCCGCAGCUGCUCCUGCUCCGCAAGGUGAAUGAUGCCGACGGCCUCGCCCGUGCCUACAUGGUCCUGACCAUUCUCUCUCGCGCAAUUCGAAUCUUGUUUUGGGGCCUGCUUUACGUCCAAGGCGACCUCUUCCCCGGUCUCAUGUUCGCAGACGUUCUCCAAACCCUCAUGAGUGUCCGCUACCUGCACGUCUGGUGGAAGUACGUCCGCUCCGGCAAAGGCGGGCUGAUCAAGGGCCACAAACUCAUAUAG